AUGUUACCGGAGGAGGGUCGCAGCAUUCUGGUGGCGGACAGCACGGCAACACUGGAGGGCAACAAACCGGCCUUGAGGGCGGAUAUGGCGGGGCCGGGCAUGGCCUAUAGACCGGUCUACAAGUGCAAGGCGGGCAAGGCGUGCAAGGUGUUGGCGGUGGACAACACGGCUGACAGCAGUGUGGUGGUGGCGGGCACGAGUAGUGGCAACAACCGGUACCGCAUGGUAUUAUCGUGCGUGCUCUGUAUGUCCAGGAGGAGGGUGCUCCCCGUGUCCGGCUCCAGUGAGACCUUGCCCAGCACCUUGUCCGCCACCACCCGUCCUUCCGUGUUUACCUCCAUGUCCGCCGUG